CAUCCAUCUAGAGCUCUAAUAAAAGUGACAACGGGAGACCCGAAUUAUCACAUCAUUCCAAUUUGUUCUUUUUCAAUGUGGGAUAUUUUACCCAUACAAAAUUUUUAGCCGACUCUCAAACCACGUGAAUAUCCUACUCAAAAAACACCCCUUGUUUUCUUAGCUUCUUUUUUGCUUCACAAUUCCCGAUAGAAUCCGCACCCUCAUGGGAUGCCAUUAAACAACUGCCAUCACUCUCCCUGUUUCAAUGAACAAUCCCCUCCUCUAAUCUUUUUAUUUUCUCUCUCUCUUAACAAAUAACACAGCGCUUGAUUGAUGACGGGUCUUCUCUAUAAUAUAAGGUCAGUGAUACCCAAGUUUCAACACCCUGCUUUUUGUCAAAAACUUGAAAUUUGAGUGAAAAUCUGAAUCCCUGUUAGUUUGCUUAUGUUUCAAGUUUUUUUAGAGCCUUUCAAGAUUUCGUUAAAAAGGGUAUAUAGAUAAGAGUGGAACGGAUCUUUUUUGGCCCACAUGCUGAUUCCGGGUCGGUUUAUUUUGGUGUUGAUUACCUGCUCUGUUCUUGAGUUGCAUAAGAGGGGUUUACAGGUUUUUGUGGCUUUCAUGAUGGAUUGUGCUUCUUGCUUGAAGUUUCUUCUCCCUGGGAAUGAAUUUUUCGGAUUUGGGUUCUUGGUGUUUGGUCGUUUCUCGCAUGUUUUCAAUGUAUUGGGGCUGGUUUUUGUGUUUGGUAUGGGGUUAAAGUUUUUGCAAUUUGGUUUGAGUAACAAGGGUAUAAUGCAAUUUUUGUGUGAUGCUAGAGGGAAAUCAAAUGAUUUGAGAGGUGGGAUUUGUUCCAAACAUGAUCUGAAUGAGGUUUAUGAUCCAAAUAUUACGAAAUCCAUAGACAAUUGCAAAGAAAUCCUCAAAAAAGAUACUGAUUUUGACGCUAAAUAUGGUGUGGAAGAGGGCACUGAUGAAAAGGAAAAAGAAUGUUGUCCAGAAGAUGAAGAAUUUGAUGUAAUGUCAUUGAGGAAAUUGGUUAAAAUCGAAAGGAGAAGAACGAAAGCUGCUUAUCGAGAGCUCGAGAAGGAGAGGACCGCCGCCUCGUCUGCGGCAGACGAGGCAAUGGCCAUGAUUUUGCGGCUCCAGAACGAAAAGAGUUCAGUUGAAAUCGAUGCUAACCAGUUCAAGAGAAUGGCAGAGCAGAAGCAGGAGUAUGAUCAACAAGUCAUUGAAUCACUGCAAUGGAUUGUAAUGAAACAUGAGUCAGAAUGGAGUUCAUUGGAAAACCAGUUGCAAUUGUGCAAGCAGAAGCUGAAGCUUUAUAUGGAAGAUGAUGAAUUAGACCAAUUUGAACUUGAUGGUGGCCUCGACCAUUUUCAUGAUGCUUAAGGAGAUGGUAUGGAGAAUACAUUAGUUAGCUCUCUUGAAACUUAAACUUUGGUGUUGUAAGUUGUUGAUUAUAGUUCACAUUUAGGAGCUCAAAUGCUCAUAUUUUCAAGUUUGGAAAAGGGGUUAAAAACACUACAGUGUAGCUAAAUAUGCAAAACCAAUUGCAGUUGUGCAAGCAAAAGUUGAAGCUUUAUAUGAAAGAUGAUGAAUUAGGCCAAUUUGAACUUGAUGCUUAAGGCAAUGCGUUACUUAGCUCACUUGGAACUUAAAACUUCUGGUAUUGUUAGUUGUUUGAUUUAGUUUAUUUAUAGGGUUGAGUUGAAUUGACUAGGUAUAUGUGCUCGAUUCAAGAAAGUCAAUUCCCUAUUGAUACCAUCUAUUCGGGUAGUAAAUCAAAGUAGAAAAUUCUAGUUUCCAUUCCAAUGUAAAUUCUGAUAGUAAACUUCAGUAUUUUCAUGAUGCUUGAGGAGAUGGUAUGGAGAAUGCAUUAGUUAGCUCACUUGAAACUUGAACUUUAGUAUUGUAAUUUGUUCCUUAUAUGGUUCAUUUUUAGGGAUGGGUUGAAUUGACUAGGUUUAGGUGCCGAAAUGCUCAUCUUUUCAAGUUUGGCUGAAAUGGGUUAAAUUUCAUUGCUUUGUUCUCCACAA